CUUUUCAUCGCGAGAAGUUCAAUUACACGCUUAUUUUUCUUUCUUUCGUCAUCUACCCUCUUUCUCUCUCUCAAUUGUAACCUAAUUAUUUAUUUUUACUUCAAUCAUGCCAGAAUCGCCAUGAUCUUCUUACUUUUCUCCCUCCCUUUUCUCUAAACACAAUCGCUUCCUUCGAUCAACAUCAGAAAGGGUCACCCCAUCGAUUUCAUACAUCAAAUCGAUCCAAGAUUAUUCUUCUUCCCCACUACUAUGUGUUCUUCCGCGGACAACAGAAUCUUGCCUAAAUUGGAGUUUAAUUGGAGAAUUGUUAUGGCAACGAUAAUAGGGUUCUUGGGUUCUGUUGCUGCUCUUUCUAAGUGUACCUUAUCUCUCCCUCACUACCAACUGGGCUCUUCUCCAUCGCAAGAAAUCAGGUCAUCAACCCUCUUUGAUCUCUCUAUCUCGACGGUGUUUAAACAAGUGGAAGGGAUUGAAGAAAUUUAUGAAUCCUUCAAGCUCUGUUUAGGGACGAUGACAUUCGGUGAGCAAAAUUCGUUGUCACAGUCCUUCAAACUCCUCGACAAAGCAUUCGACUCCGGAAUCAACUUCUUUGAUUCUGCAGAAAUGUAG